AUGUGCGACGAUCCAUAUGGGUGCUGGUCGUGCCAUUCAUCCUCAUCCGUCACACUGGAUCCUCCUUAUCAUCAAUACUAUCUUCCCACGACAUCUCCUUUGAUGGAUGAAAUGCUCUCGGAUUCCCGACCCGCAUUUCCGUUCGGUUGUGAACCCUUUAGUUUCUGGUCUUCUCCGGCUGUGCUCUCUACCAUAUUGGUUCGUCUGCGUGAUUUCGUGCUGGACGAUGAGUUGUUACAGAUGCUUUUCGAUUUCGGAUUUAGCAAUGACUUUGUCGUUGUCAAAGUCACCGAGUCAAAACUUUACGAUUCCGUGGUCAGUGCAGGAGAUUCUGGCGUUGGCCCAAACGGCAAGGAAGCUUCUAACCUGUUGAGACCUGCAUCACAGACCACACCACCACCACGUGCUUUUUUACCUACUCUGGCGCAUGGGAUGCGCGACGUACUGAGCGAGCAAGUGAACGGCGUUGAAGACUUGCUACGAGACCAUGUGCCUCCAUUGUAUCCGGUUCUACGAGCCGGCAGCGCAUCCCCCGGCCCCACUUCAUCUCUGGGUGAUGAUGCAGUAAUCGGAAAUGGCGGCAAUUCUUGUAAGGCGGACGAUGAAGAUAUUACCAGGUCUAGACUAAAAAGCAACCUGAGGUUUCCUUCGACUACUGAUACUAUGACUGGAUUGCCUCGUGGUGUAUUUGAUCCUUAUUACGGCCUCGUCGCUCUUAUUUGUUCUAUUCUGUCCCAUACAGAGGCCUCUUCAAUUUGUGCCAACGGCCCAGGCGCUGCAGCUCUCUGGUCCUCUUCUUUGACCUCCACUUCCGGUGAUAACCCGCAUUCCGGUCAACAGCAUUCACUGCCCAACUUCCUUUCCCAUAUACCACCUCCCAUCGUCGGCUCGUCUGGUGCCCCACCAACAUCCGCCUACCCGAUCGGCUCUGCUUUCUCCCAAGCGACACCCAAUCAUCCUCUGCAUCACCAACCACCACAACCACAGCCAAAUCUAACCAUUCCAUAUCCGAAUUCUGCCAAUUCGAUGUACUCCUCGCUUGGACAGCUACGUUCGGGUUCUCUAUCCACCAACCGGACUGGUCUCCAUCAGACUGAUGCAGCGAAUUCAACUCAAGAUUCCGGUUCAACUUAUCCUCUGGGUGAAUUCACUCACCUUCAGCCAUCCGCAUCCACUGAUCCCAAUUUGGGUCUGAUGUCAUCUAACUCGUUUGACAACCACCCUGCAUCUGGACUACCGCAGUUGACACCUGGACCCCGACCCUUUCCGAGUGAAAUAUCUGCCUGUUCAAGGGACAACCUUUUGUCCCUCUCGGGUGAGUUUGUCCGUUUUUUUCGCUCCUCAGCCGCGCGGAUGGUUAAAUAUGAUAGUCUGAUUACCCCCUGUUCGUCUCCGUACAAUGCUUCAGGUCCAGGUUUGGAUGACGUGGACGAUCCGUCUCAAACCUCCUGCGGUCUCCUAGGUCCACAUUCCUCAACCCCGUUCUCUCAUUCUAACACCACUUCGAACACAGCCAGUGCUGGUGGUCGGAUGGCUCGCAGUGGUCGGGUGGCUGGACAAAAGAGACGCGCGUCCUCCAUCGUCACUUCCGGUUCGGCGGAAGGGAAUGGGACAGGAAACAAUUUGGACGCGAUUUCGGCCACAACCGCCUUGGCCUCCAUGCUGUGUAGCAACAACGCUCUCGGUUCGGAUUGUUCUUCAUUGUUUGGGGAGUACGACCUUGCCAGUCGAAGUUUUACACAUGGUCAGACUUCUAGCUUGUGUGGAACGGAUUCAGAAGAGACAAUUGAUCCAGAUGAAACCCCUGAGCAAAAGGCCGAACGUGAACGAAGCCGAAGACAGGCCAAUAACGCGCGAGAACGCAUCCGGGUUCGCGAUAUCAAUGAUGCAUUCAAGGAGCUUGGUCGCAUGUGCAUGAUGCAUUUGAACAGCGAACGGCAACAAACAAAGCUAACAAUUCUUCAACAAGCUGUUACGUUGAUUACCAGUCUGGAACAACAAGUUCGCGAACGCAAUCUGAAUCCGAAACAGGCUUGUUUGAAACGUCGUGAGGAGGAGAAAAGCGAAGGUCAUUUCGGAAGUACUAGUCAAUCUCGUACUGGUUGUCUGCUCACAGGAGGUGGUGCACCUGAAUCAGCAGUUCACUUGACGGCCGGUUCUGGCACCACAGCGGGGUUCUCCACGACACCUGCCGUCGCUGCAUCAACUUCCACGUCAAUAGGCCUGUUUGGAUCGGGGGCACCUGGCGGGAAUUUCUCGUCCACAGUGAACUAUGAUCCUCGCCUACCUGGUCUUCCGGGUUCUGCUUACGGUGAACCAAUGACAUCCGCCGAUUCUAGUGCUGCAGGUUCGCUCCUCAUGUCGCUCACGGGCUCUUCGAACGAGAUGUGCAACUCAGCCUAUGGUGUCAGUCGUUCGGCAGAACUGCUUCCUCUUUCGUUGCCGGAUGAUGCUUAUGGCCACCUCGGUCCUCAUCAUCUCUCACACGUCCUGUCCGACUUCACACCAACCACAUCUACGGGUAGCUGGCUUCAAACAGCUAAUAACCCUCUGUCUGCCUCCCCACAGCCCAUGCUGUCUCUGCAUUCGACCGAUCGAAGUGCCAGCAAUGUAUCGUACGGCGAGUCUACCGAACGUCAUCUGGCAGCUCGACGAGUACCCGGCGAUGACGACGAAGACUACGAAGGUGAAGAUGAAGAGGAGGAUGAUGAGGAAGAAGAGGAUCCCACGGAGGAAACUCUAGACUGUAGCGACAGUCGCUGUGGUAACAAGCGAGUCAGCUCUAAUAAACACGUGGGUGCUGGUGGUGCUAAAUGCCCUCCUGGUCGUACAAACGGAAUCAGUGACCACCCACAUAAGACUAGUACUGGUGGUGGCCUGAGCACCUAACGAUCUUUGUCGUUAACGAAAUGCUCCCUGUAUGCCGAAUCUCACGAAUAGGCAUAACAAGAUUUCUCCGUCCCCCCUCCCCUGUUUCUUGUGUAGGUGAACUUUUCCGUAUUCCGCUAGCAUUUAUACCAAGUAUGCAUUUGUCAAGGCGGAUUGUGUGAAAUUGCACGCAUUCGCACACACACACACACACACACACUACCAACAACAACAACAUCCGCUUCGAUUCCCCUUUUAACGGGUUUUGGUGGUGUGAUUGGCGGCUCCGCGUAAAUGUGCGUUUGUACUCCUAGUCCGAACUUCCCAUUAUUUUUCUCAUUUUAUCACCCGAUUGUGGUUGUUCUCGCCCCUCUGUCCGAACUCAAGAUCUCGUCACCCUAUUUGCGUUUCGCACUCAGUGGUACGACCUGUUUUUUUUACCGUGCGCAUGCAUUUACGGUGGUAUAUGUGGUGCGUAAUUUCCGUCUCGUUGGUUUUCAUUUCCUGCGCCCUCCCGAGUUUUCAUACUUUGAUUGGUUUUGACCUCCACGCACUUUUCUAACCGUACUUUUCCUUCCUACCAGAUUCAGCUGUAACACACGCUUCUCGAUGUUCGAAUAAGCUUUCAAUUCGGUUAAUGAAUGGGGAGGUGUCGUCUUGUUUUUCCCCUACAUCCGCGAAUGCUGAAUUGAAGGCCUACUUUGGACUCCCCCUCACCUCCUUGGCCGUUGCAUUCUCCCCCCUUCCACUCUCUCUCCCUCAUCAUGUUCCCCUCCCAUUCUUUUAAUGUGGAAAUUUCUAUGAGAUACCCUUAUCUAUCUAUCAAUCAAUCUAUCUAUCUGUACACACA